AGCUCUACCAACUUCCCAUUAACCACCGAAAUUGUGUGGCAAGUCAUACAAUUAGACAGGUCUAUUUUUCCACCACCGCUCCUCCACUGCUAAUUAAAAUAAUGGCAGCAUCUCAGAAAUGUCUUGGAAAAGGAAGCCCUGCUCCUGGCCCUGUGCCAAAGGACCACAUACGGCUCUACAGCAUGAGAUUCUGCCCUUUUGCCCAACGGACAAGAUUGGUGCUCAAUGCCAAGGGAAUUACACAUGACAUCGUCAACAUCAAUUUGAAGAAUAAGCCUGAUUGGUUUCUGGAGAAGAAUCCUCUUGGUUUAGUGCCAACACUGGAGACCCCGAGUGGUCAUGUGAUCUACGAGUCACCAAUCACCUGCGAGUACCUGGAUGAGGUCUAUCCUGAGAAGAAACUGCUCCCAUCUGACCCGUUUGAGAGGGCCCAACAGAAAAUGCUGCUGGAGCAUUUCUCAAAGGUGACUCCCUACUUCUAUAAGAUCCCUGUUGGCAAGACAAAAGGAGAAGAUGUGUCUGCACUUGAAGCAGAACUUAAAGAGAAACUCGCCCAGUUUAAUGAGCUGCUUGGAUGACACUCCUCGGCUGAAGAAGUGGACUGAACACAUGUUGGAGGAUCCCACUGUAAAAGCCACAAUGUUCAGCACAGACACCUACAAGGUGUUCUACAAGUCCUACAAGGAAGGAAAUCCCGAUUAUGAUUAUGGUUUAUAGAAUAAAUCCUUGUUCUCUGGUAAAACACACCUGUCUGAUUCAGAAGGUACAUUAAUAUCAGUCCAUCUUUUAUACUGUGAUGCUAAUUAAUAUGAAAAGAGAAUUUCAUGCCUGGUAUAUCAACCUUUUUGUCUCUUUGUGGAUAUCAAAAUACAUAAAUCUAAAAAUCUUAUAUAACUGGUAAGGUUAUAGUGCCUGAUUAUUAUAAUUUUUUCUUUAUCAGAAUGAAUUAUA